AUGGCCUGCUCAGCAUCUGCCUUUGCGUUUUUCGCCCUGGACGGCCCGGCGGCGUACGCGGAUCUUCGGGCAGCAGCGCUGGCGGAUUACCGCGCCUCAGCUGCUGCCGCCUCCUCGGCCGCGGCUGCCGCACCGUCAGCGGUACACCCCCGCGGCGCUGUCCGCCGCGACAGUGGCGGCCCUGCGGACCAAUGCUCCUUCUGCGUCUCGGCGGCGCCGCUGGAGGCUGGCCGCGAGGCUGGCGGCUGUGGUGCCUGUGAUGGAUGCGGCCAGCCGGCCUGCGGCGCGUGCGCCGCGGCGCGCCUAGCCGCUUGCCCCGCCUGCGGGUUUGCGGCCUGCGAGGACUGCCGCCUGCAGCUGGGGGAAGAGGAGGACGGCGCGGGCCAGGACGUGGGCGGGCGCCCCGGUGGCUGCUGGUGCGAGAGCGGGAGCCAGAGGGACGCCGACAACCACAGAUUCGUCAGCCGCGAGCGGUACAAGGCCGUGUCCAUGACUCACCCGUCCAUGCGCGCGUCAUCCAUGGCCGCAGCCGGCCUGCGCGACGACGAGGACGACGGGGAGGCCGACGGCUGGGCGUUCGCCCACGGGUGGCAGCUCGUGGGGGGCGCCGCAGAUGAUGACGCCAUCACCGGCGACGGCGGCAGCGGCGGCAGCAGCGCCGGCGCCGGUUACGGCGCGUCGGCGUCGUCGUUGGGUGGCGUGCUGCUGCACGGCGCGGCCGGCGGCCGCCACGGCAGCAUGGAGCUGUCGUCGGACGGCGGCAGCGGCCUGCGUCGCUCGAUGAUGCGGUACGGCGCCCUGGGCGCGAGGUCCCGCCACUCGGGCUGCUUCUGA